AUGCUCGUCAGCGAGAACCUGUCUGCGUGGGUAGAAAUCGAAGGCAUCGCAGCGCAGGAAUACAACAUUAAAGUCAAAGAAGACCCGAAGCGUGUCACUUGCUGGAUUGCAUCAGAGGAGGGCAAGAAAUACGGGACUAGCUUAGGCGCCGUUGAGCAUGAGGAGAGCGCGACAGCCGAAUUGUGGGACUGUAUCGACCACCUAGCAACUUUCAGCUUUAAGUAUCGCCCCCUCGCAUUGUUACAAGCGAACGGCAUUGCUCCCCCGCCCCCGCCAGCCUCAGCGAGCCCCGAUCCUGAGGAGAUCGAUGGGGCCGUCUCUGCGGAGGAGAAAGAGUUGAAACAUCAGAUGGAAAUCAUGCAGCAGCGUCUUGCAGAAUUAGAGAAAUCUCGCGGUGCCAAACGCGUGAAGGAAGAGCCGGACACUGCGGCGCAGAGGGCUCGGAAGCGUGUAAAGAGGGGACCGAAAUCCGCAUUCGUCCCGGGAGAGGUAAUUGACCUAACAUCCGAAUGA